UUCUUUAGGGUUCUUGGGCAUGCCCAGCCAGGAGGAGGAUGCGAUGAUCGAGGCGGAGGAGGACAAGCCCGCCAAGGGCUUGCCGCCGCCGAUGGAGCUCGACUGCGGCAGCAAUGGCCAUCACCAGGUAGAGGAUUUCUUGUCCGAGGGAGAGGCGGCGUCCUCGCCCGGCAGCGCGAGCAAUGUAGCAUCGUCACCCCGUGAUGGCGGCGGCGAUGAGAAGGAGGCGAGCAUCGCGAGGCUGGCUCGCGAGAACGAGGAGCUGUCCGGGGAGAUUGCGGCGCUCAAGCGGGAGAACGAGGCCGUGGCGCGGAGCGUGAGGAAGCUGGAGGAACAGGUGAGGGACGACGCCGCGAAGCUGGAUUCGAUCGCCCGGGAGACCGAUGAGAAGAGGAGGGAGGUGCUGGAGGAGAUUGAGGCUGCGAGGAGGCAGGUCUCGGCCCUGGAGCUGGACAAGGCGGGGCUGAGCCAGGAGAGGGUUGCUAUGGCGGCGGAGAAGGAGAGAUUGGAGGAUGCUCUCGCGGUGGCCGCCAGCAACGUCUCGGAGCUCUCGAAGAAGGUGGACGACGCCGAGUCGGCGGCGGCAGCGGCCAAGGAGAAAGUUGCGCUGCUCGACGCCGAGGUUAGAAAGUUGGCAGGCGACUGUGAGUUUCUCCGGGACUCCAACGCCGGGCUCUUGGCAAUCAAGGCGGGGCUGGACGACGACUUAAAGGCGAUAGCUUCGUCCAGGGAGGCGCUGCUCCAGGAGCGGGAGAAGCUACUGCUGGAGAUCAAAGGCUUGGAAGCGGAGGCGAGCGGCGCAAAGGAGCUAGCGGAAGCUAUGCGAGCUCAAGAUCAGGCUUUCAAGACCAGCCUCCUGUCGCUGGAAGAGAAGCUGGCGGCGGCGUCCCGACGCGAGGUCGAGCUGGAGACGAAGAACCACGCGCUGGCCUCGAGCAUCCGGCAGCUCGAGGCGCAGGUAUGCGGGCUCCAAAAGUGCUCGUCGGAGCACGAGUCCCUGGCCGCGGAGCUCCAGAGGGAGAGGGAGCUCCGGGUGGCUCUCCAGGAACAGGUGGUCGGGCUCAACACCCGGAAGCUCUCGCUCGAGGAGGAGGUGAAGCAGGCGUUGUCGACGAUCCAGAAGAUGCAAGACAUCACACAGAAGGAGCAGGGGCAGCGGAGGAUGCUCGAGGAUCAAGUGUCGUCGAUCAUGAGGGAGAAGGUCCGGGUGGAGGAGGCCAAGACGGGCGUGGAGGCGGAGCUCAGGCAGCUGAGCUCGUUGUCCGCCAAGGCCGAGGUGACGGCCAAGGCGGAGGUGCUGAGCCUCAAGCAGAAGAUCGAGGGGCUGGAGAGCUCGCUGGGCAAAGUCAAGGAGGAGGCUCUGUCGAGCGAGAAGAAGGUGUGGCAGCUGCGAUCGGAGCUUAGCAAGGCCAGGGAAUUGCUGGAGUGCCGGUCGAGCGUGGCGAGGUUUGCUCUUCCCGCGGCGCUAGUCUCGACCGGAGCGCUUGUGGCUGCUGGAGUUCUGGGAUAUUUUCGUGUCAGGCAGUUAGGCCAAUGAAAGUUUUUGUAAAGAAUAUACUUAGAAUAUUAAGUAUGUUCUGGAAUAUUUCUUAACUUAAACGGAUAUUUUCUUGCCUAC